AUGGUCAGAGCGAACAAUAUCAUACCACAUGAGAAGAAUACUAUUUCUGAUGGUAUCAGGGCUUUUAGAGAAAAGCUCAUCAAUCCAAGGACGAUCACAAAGCCAGAAGCCCAAAGGCGCCAGCGACGAUCAUCGCUUUCAGGGCACAGGAACCAACGCUCUGAAGAACAGGGCUUUCAAUUGAGUGGGAAGGCAUGGCAGCACCAGCAACAGCAGAAGUUUGUGAUACAAAUGCAGGACAUAUCACAAGCGGAGGUCUCCGAGUACUGCAAGCGUCAUUCGAGAUUUACGGGACGGGUAGUGACGGUGAAGGCGUUUGAAGACAAUGUUUUGGUGAGAGAGGUUCUUAAGGGUUGGUGGGAGUCUGAUUCAUGAAGGAGAAUGGUUGUAUUGGUGAUGGUGAUAUGCCAUUUUAGUGUCCAAAUUUGAGCUGUCUGUAUGAAUAGAUAGCCUGAUUGAGUAUCAUACACAAACCCUCUCUAUUGGCUCUCUAUUGCUUCUUCUUUAGGACUUCUUGGCUCUCUGGUUGUUGACUUCCUUCCAUCUGUACAGAUUCAGUUAUGUAUAUUGUGAUUCUAAAUGAAAGGAACUUUCGGUUCGACCA